AUGACCGAUAAAGCUAAAAAGAUGGACACUUCAUCAACAUCAACAACGGCCAAAAAGGCCAUUCCAAAAGUGCCUGAAACUUUAUUGAAAAAACGUAAACUUUAUGCCGAUAUUAAAGCAAAACGUCUUCGUGGUCAAGUGCAAGCAACAAAAAACAAAAAAUUCAAACGUUUAGUUAUUUUCAAACGAGCUGAAAAAUAUGUUAGUGAAUAUCGUAAGAAAGAACGAGAUUUAAUUCGUCUUAAACGUUCAGCUAAAGUUCGUAAUAACUAUCAUGUCGAUGCCGAACCAGCACUUGCUUUUGUUAUUCGUAUUCGUGGUAUUCGUGGUGUACAUCCACGUGUAAAACAAGUUUUACGUUUAUUUCGUUUACGUCAAAUAAAUAAUGGUGUUUUUGUUAAACUUAAUAAAGCCACCGUUCAAAUGUUACGUAUUGCUGAACCAUAUAUUGCAUGGGGUUAUCCAAAUUUGAAAUCUAUUCGUGAACUUGUUUAUAAACGUGGUUUUGGCAAAGUUAAUAAACAACGUAUACCAUUAUCUGAUAACAGUGUUGUCGAAAAAUCUCUAGGCAAACAAGAUAUCAUCUGUUUGGAAGAUCUUGUUCAUGAAAUAUUUACCGUUGGAGAUAGUUUCAAAAAGGCAACAAACUUUCUUUGGCCAUUCAAACUUAAUAAUCCAAAAGGUGGCUGGCGUAAGAAAGCUAAUCAUUUCGCUGAUGGAGGUGAUUUUGGUAAUCGUGAACAAUAUAUCAAUCAAUUGUUACGUAAAAUGGUUUAG